AUGUUCGAUCAAUUAGCAGUCUUUACUCCUCAAGGUCAGGUACUUUACCAAUAUAACUGUUUAGGAAAAAAAUUUGCUGAAGUACAAAUUAAUAGAUUUAUAUCCCAACUAAUUACUUCACCUGUAACUAAAAAAGAAAGUAUCGCAAAUGUAAACACAGACGGAUUUGAAUUUAAUCUUCUGACGAUCAACAAUGAACAUAAAAAUUCUACUUCAUUUAAUGCACUAUUUUAUUUGAAUAAGCAACCAGAGUUAUAUUUUGUGGUUACUUUUGCGGAACAGACUAUAGAACUAAAUCAAGAAACUCAACAGACACUUGCACUAGUGUUGAAGCUUUGGAACUCGUUACAUUUGAGUGAGUCCAUUCGGAAAAAUCUCGAGGGCCAAAAUGAAAAGAACGAGCACAAUUUUAUCGAUGUUCUUCAAGGGACUGAGAACGAUCUAAAGAAGUUUGAAAAAUAUUUUGGCAUAAAAUAUGAAGAAUUAGUGAAACAAAGCCAUAUCAAUUCAGAUUGUGCGGUUAAAAAUGAAUCAGCAGCCCAAUUGAAUAAUAAAAGUAUCAAGAGAAAACCAAAGGAUUUUAAAAGUAAGAAGCAAUCUGCGGGAAAAAUAAGUAGCGGAAGGAAGUGGGGACGUGAUGGUGGAAUGCUCGAUGAAAUGAAUCAUGAAGACGCUGCCAGGUUAGAUUUCUCAUCUUCUAAUAGCUACAAUAGUAGUCAAGUAACCUUGGAUGCUACUAUAAAUAAAGAUUCUUUUGGAAAUAGAACAGAAGGCGGUGAUUUCUUAAUUAAAGAAAUCGAUGAUCUUUUGUCUUCCCAUAAAGAUGAGCUUAUGAGUGGAAAUGAAUCUAAAAAUUCUGGCUAUAUGAGCACAGCAUUUGGAUUCUUGCAAAAGCAUGUUCUUGGUAACAAAACUAUAAGUGAAAACGAUUUGAAAUCUGUACUAGAGAAACUGACACAACAGUUGAUAACUAAGAAUGUGGCGCCAGAGGCAGCUGAUUAUUUAACCCAACAGGUCUCUCAUGACCUUGUAGGUUCAAAGACCGCCAAUUGGACCAGUGUUGAAAACACUGCUCGUGAAUCUUUAACAAAAGCAUUAACUCAAAUAUUAACGCCUGGUGUGUCUGUUGACCUCUUGCGUGAAAUUCAAAGUAAAAGAAACAAAAAAGACGCAGAUGGUAAAAGCGACCCAUACGUAUUUUCAAUAGUGGGUGUUAACGGUGUUGGUAAGUCAACGAACCUCUCGAAACUAGCGUUCUGGUUAUUGCAGAAUAAUUUCAGGGUCUUGAUUGUUGCUUGUGAUACGUUCAGGUCCGGUGCAGUUGAGCAACUAAGGGUACAUGUUGAAAAUUUGGCACAACUAAUGGAUGAUUCUCACGUUCGUGGCUCCAAGAAUAAAAGGGGUAAAAGUGGUAAUGAUUAUGUUGAAUUAUUUGAAGCUGGUUAUGGUGGCUCUGACUUAGUGACCAAAAUUGCCAAGCAAGCCAUCAAAUAUUCUCGUGAUCAAGACUUUGAUAUAGUGUUAAUGGAUACUGCCGGGAGAAGGCACAAUGAUCCAACGUUAAUGUCACCAUUAAAAUCGUUUGCUGACCAAGCCAAGCCAGAUAAGAUCAUUAUGGUUGGGGAAGCUUUGGUAGGUACAGAUUCUGUGCAGCAAGCCAAAAAUUUCAAUGAUGCUUUCGGGAAAGGAAGAAAUCUUGAUUUUUUUAUUAUUUCCAAGUGUGACACAGUUGGUGAAAUGCUAGGUACUAUGGUAAAUAUGGUUUAUGCCACAGGGAUUCCCAUCUUGUUUGUUGGUGUAGGGCAGACUUAUACCGACUUGAGGACUUUAAGUGUAAAGUGGGCCGUUAAUACGCUAAUGUCAUAG